CGCCUCCCUUCCGAGCCCAUAGUCCGUCCACAGCUGAGCAGCCGCCGUGUUUGUGUCUUUAAAGCGGCUCGCCGGGUGCCUCGCUUUACACUGCGAUGUGGGCGUGGUAAAAAAAUCGCAUUGGAAACCCAGGGCAAAAGCAGUUUCCUGCCUUCUUAGAGCCCCGAACAGCUGGGUGGUUGUUUUUUUGGAAAGUGUGUGUGAGCGAGACAGAAGCAGGCACCUAGACAGCGCGAGCUGGCCGUGGUCGUGGUCGUGGUCGUGGCCGUGGCCGUGGGUCGACGCGAGUUCGGGCGGUGGCGGCAGCGGCUGUGAGCUAGGAGGACUAGGACGCGGCGCGCUCCGUGCCCCCCACCCGCUGCAGAAACGCUUGAAGCCCCGGCCCCUUCCGUGGGCAGCUCGGGACGUGUAAGAAGGCGGCGGUUACGGCGCCCCGGAGCCGCUGAGACCUUCUCCCCGACGGCUCUCGGGGGCCGCCCCAGGCCGCUGUCUGCCCGUCAGUACGUGGAUUGGGACUGGUGAAUGCCCCUGGCCUGGGGCCACGGCAGAUAGAGCCCCCUUCGGUGGCGAGGAUGAGCGGCGGCGGCGAGGUGGUGUGUGCCGGCUGGCUGAGGAAGUCACCCCCGGAGAAGAAGUUGAGGCGCUAUGCAUGGAAGAAGCGAUGGUUCAUUCUUCGGAGUGGAAGGAUGAGCGGCGACCCAGAUGUGCUGGAGUAUUAUAAGAAUGACCAUUCCAAGAAGCCUUUGCGGGUCAUCAACCUCAGUUUCUGUGAACAGGUGGAUGCAGGCCUAACCUUCAACAAGAAGGAGCUCCAGGACAGUUUUGUGUUUGAUAUCAAGACUAGCGACCGCACCUUCUACCUGGUGGCUGAGACUGAGGAAGACAUGAAUAAAUGGGUGCACAGCAUCUGCCAGAUCUGUGGCUUCAACCAGUCUGAUGAGAACUCAGACUCUCUGAGAAACCUCCCCACCAUCGGUCAUGGCCCCCGCUCCUCCCCGGCUGAACUCAAUAGCUCCAACCCCCACCUGCUUCGUGAGCGCAAGUCCUCAGCCCCCUCGCACUCCAGCCAGCCAACCUUAUUCACUUUUGAAGCCCCUGCAAACCAUGCCCAGACCACCUUGUCCACCAGUGCCCCCCAGGAUUAUCUCUUCCUACACCAGUGCAUAAGCCGAAGAACAGAGAACACAAGGAGUGCCAGUUUCUCCCAGGGCACCAGGGCCUCCUUUUUCAUGAGGAGUGACACAGCUGUGCAGAAACUUGCCCAGGGCAAUGGGCACUGUAUGAAUGGUGUCAGCGGCCAAGUGCAUGGCUUCUACAGCCUGCCCAAACCCAACCGGCACAACUCGGAGUUUCGGGACAGCGCCUACGACCUCCCUCAGAGCCUGGCUUCCCACUCUGCCACCCACACCAAGGGCAGCCUUACUGGCUCCGAGACAGACAACGAGGACGUGUACACCUUUAAGACCCCCAACAACACCCUGUGUAGAGAGUUUGGGGACCUCCUGCUGGACAACGUAGAUGCUCCAGGAACCCCACUCUCAGCCUACCAGAUCCCCAGGACGUUCACACUGGACAAGAACCACAAUGCCCUGACAGUAGGGCCCUCUGGGGACUCCUCAGUGGCUCCACCACCCCGGCCCCCCAAGCCAGGUCAGGCGGAGACACCCCGCUGGGGUAGUCCCCAGCAGCGGACCCAGAAUGGGGAGAGCAGCCGGGCAGUUGCUGCCACUAUCCCCCGGCGCAACACCCUCCCAGCGGUGGACAACAGUCGCCUCCACCGAGCUUCUUCCUGUGAGACAUAUGAGUACCCUCAAGGUGGCCAGUCUUCAGAGUCUGUAAAUGAUGGGUUCAACUCCUUUGUGACAGGGAAAGCUGCUGUUGGACACACGGACAGCUCCAAUUCAGAAGACAACUAUGUGCCCAUGAACCCUGGAUCCUCCUCCCUGUUGGCCAUGGAGAGAUCUAAUGACAACUCUCAGAGCGUCUACAUUCCCAUGAGCCCUGGACCUCAUCACUUUGACCACCUGAGCUUCUCCCCUUCUGCCCUGUCGGUCCAUCGGGGGCCAAGCCGGGGGAGUGAGAUCCAGCCUCCCCCUGUCAAUCGAAAUCUCAAACCUGACAGGAAAGCCAAGCCCACUCCUCUGGACUUGAGAAACAACACAGUCAUCGAUGAGCUUCCUUUUAAGUCCCCAGUCACCAAGUCUUGGUCUAGAGCGAUUCACACCUUCAAUACUAGCUCUUCCCAGUCCUGCCGCCCCGUCUCCACCCAAAGCAUCACCAGCACCGAUUCAGGAGACAGUGAGGAGAAUUACGUCCCCAUGCAAAAUCCUGUGUCAGCAUCACCAGUUCCCAGUGGCACGAACAGCCCUGCUCCCAAGAAAAGUACAGGCAGCGUGGACUACUUAGCCUUGGAUUUCCAGCCAAGCUCACCCAGCCCUCACCGAAAGCCAUCCACAUCAUCCAUCACAUCAGAUGAGAAAGUGGAUUACGUGCAAGUGGAUAAGGAAAAGACCCAGGCCUUGCAGAAUACCAUGCAGGAGUGGACAGACGUCCGGCAAUCCUCAGAGCCCAGCAAGGGGGGCAAGCUGUGAAGGUCAAGGCAGGCCCUGGACCUGGGGAAGGGGAUCUUCCUGUAGCCAACUUCUUCCUGCCUCCCCUUCUCCACUUCCUCCCUAGGGUUACUGGGCUGCUCCAUGGGCCCAGCCUUCUAGACUCUCAGUAGUCUGAGGCCUCCCCAUGGGGGAGGAAGUGUUUUACAGAGCUUCCCCAUCCUGGGGCUGGGCAGGGCUCUCUUCCUCUGGCCUUUGGGCACCAGCUCAGGACCAUUCCUUCGAGCAAUGCUGAGAAUGCCCAAAACCCACCUUUCCUGCCUUUCUCCCUUCCAAGCAUUUGCUGAGAAGUCUCUGCAGCUGCCUCUACUCCCUAGCCCUGGGCAUCCUCCUCUGAGCCAGGCUUGGCUGUCCUCCCUGGGAUCCAGAACUCGGAGCCCCCAACUCACUCUGUGUCCCAGAGGCUCCUGCUCCCUCACUUCCAACCUCUCAGAUUUCUGGCCCACUUCUCUCAGCCCUGAGCUCAUGUGUUUUAAGAGCCUCUACCAGUCUCUCUCCAUAGGUUUCAGCAAGGGAGCAUAGUUCCCAAUGGGGAGGAACAGGGCAGUCUUAGUUGGAGUUGGCUCUCUUGGUGAUCUGUGUGGGUAACCCCUAGAAGCCACAGUGGUCAAGGACAGGUCCUGAGGCAAAGUGGGGACAUCCCAGCACCAGGGAUCAGGAGAUGCCUCCCAUCUGCAAUGCCCCAUUGUUUUCAGCUGCCCACGAUGGAGUGAAACACAGUAGACCAAGAGGAACCAAGACCAGGAUAUUGAGCACUUGGGAGCUGUGGACAUUGAACCUCUGGACACUGAAACUGUGGGCCUGGGCGCUUGAUAAGUGUGCCCAGAGGGCCUUGCUGAGAGAGCACCUGCUGCUUAGCAGAAGGGAUGCCCAUAGACACCUUGGGGGCUAGAGUAAAAGAUGUUCCUUUAGACUUUGGAUGCUGGGAUUCUGGGGGGAUGGAGGGGAUACCCUAGAGGAGAGACAAAGGUUUUUCCAAGCCAGGAAAGGGGAACCACAGGGCUUAGAGACACCUGGUGUUAGAGGGGAACUGGACUCCCACUGGAACAUCGUCCACAGGAGGAACAAUGUAUGGAGGGACUGAGGCUGGUGAAAUGUGUGAAGGCGGGAGGUAAUAGAAGAGAAGGCUUUUGGAAGGUCAAUGAAGAAUCUAAAUGAUGCUUUAUGGGAGUUUAUCCGUGCAAUGCACGUGGCUGAAACGUAGCUCAGAAGAGGGUAAUGUCAUGUGUCCAGGGGUAAUGCACCUGUUGUGCAUUUGUUGAUAUUGUGUGUGUGAGAGAGAAAUUCAUUGAGGAGAGGAUGGAAGAAAUGCAGCAAGGGAGAGGGAUGGUGCUGAAUGCGUGGGGAGAGGGCCAGUGAAUGUCACGUGGAGAAGGGGAAAUGUAGAUAGGACUGAUGUUGUGUACAUUAGGGAGAUGCCGUGUUUGUAGGACUAGUUCUGUACAGGUGGGCUCUGAGGUUUGGCUGGCCUCUCUUCCAGGGUCACCUUGGACGUCUUCCUUGGUCCCUACUCGGAGAAGGCACAAAUCCUUAAAGCCAAGCCCAGAUUUCAUUUUUGGGGGCAAGAGGAGGGCACCAGUCUUUUGGAAGGGACAGGCACAUGUCAAAGAAUGGAAAACCUGAGGGACUAAGGAUGCUGCACAGAUGUACAGCAUGCUCCAGGGACUGGGUUGGAAGGAGGCAGAGAAGACCCGUGUGGGCUGCCUCCCCAUGGUAGGGCAGGUCCUAAGAUUUGCCUGGUGGUAUUGUUACUGGUCAUUUCCAUCGGACUUAUAGCUGGAAGGGACCUUGGAGACUAUCUAGUCCAAUUUCCUCAUUUCAAAGAUGGGGAAACUGAGGCCUAGAGAACGUAAACAUUUGGCUUGAGGUGGUGGUGGUGGUGGUGGUGGUGGUGGUGGUAGCAGUAGCAGUAGCAGUAGCAGUAGCAGUAGCAGUAGCAGUAGCAGUAGCAGCAGUAGUAGUAGUAGUAGUAGCAGUAGCAGUAGCAGCAGUAGUAGUAGUAGUAGUAGUAGUAGUAGUAGCAGCAGUAGGAGUAGUAGUAGUAGUAGUAUUGAGACUCAAGCCCAAUGCAGUCCUCUUCACUCUAUCCCAUGCUGCUGUCUCUUUCAAGACUCUAGAGGAGUAGCCCAAUUGCUCCCAGACUUUUUCUGAACAGAAAGAAUUAUCUGUUCAACCUCACUUCUUCUCUCUCACUCCCUCAGCCCUCUUGGCCAGGAGAUUAAGAAAUGGGGAAAGCCCAAAACUCAUCAAGGAAAAGGGUGGGAAAAUAGGGGAGCAUGACACCCCAAACCUCGGAGAUGCCCAAUACCAAGGGUACUAGCUAGUCUGGGACAUACCUUCGAGGCUUAGGUCCUUAGAUCAAGUAAACAUCAUCCUUCUGUGCCUCAGUUUCCCCAUCAUGAAAAUGGGGUAAUAGCAACCUACCUCAUUGGACUAGGGUUGAAGCCGAAAUGAUUCUGGGUGGCCAAGUUAUGGCCUAUUACCUCUAGAUUACUCCUUUCCCUCAAUGAGGGGGACUCUUAUAAUGCCAGACUGGGAGCAUUGAGGGAGCAUCUUAUAAUGCCAGACUAGGGGCAAGGAAGGGCACCUUUCUUGCUUUUAGCUCAUGAAUUUUGUAAAAAAUGAGAGAGACUGAGGAACCAGCCCCUUGGAGAAGAAAGCAGAAUCUGCAUCAUGGGGGCAGCUAGGUGGCUCAGUGUAUUAAAAGCCAGCCUUAGAGACUGGGUAAGGUCCUGUAUUCAAAUCUGGCCUCAGAUACUUCCUAGCUGUGAGAUCCUGGGCAAGUCACUUUACCUCAAUUGCCUAGCCCUUCUCUUCUGGCUUGGAACCAGAAUACAGUAUUGAUUCUAAGAUGGAAGAUAAGGGAGAAAGAAAGAAAA